AUGUACCCGGGAGGCCAUCUAGCACCGUUUCCUGAGGCCGCCUCUUUCCCCCAUCAGCCUCUGCGCCGCUUCCUCUUCCUCUUUUCGUUUGAAGCCAUUGUGGUGAGCGGUUGUUGGUGCUGCAGUAUGGUAAGUUAAUCCGUUGCCAUCCUCCGCUGGGGCCGCUUUGCUAACCAUCCCCAUGGCACCCCGCGUAGAAUUAGUGUUUGACGCCCAUCCUUGUCCAAACCCCGGAGACCUAGUAGUUAUUGGGGGGGGGGGGGGGAGGGGUUCGUUCAUUCCAAGGAGGUGGGGGGAGCCUAGUACAAAAUAGAUGGGAGGGAAAGGACGGCAGGCCCAAUAUCCCACAAUAUUUUUAUCUUCACAACAACCCCGAGAGGUAGGUUGCACUCCGAGAGAUUGAGAGGGGCUGGCCGUGUAAACUUUUAGGCUGAGUUGCCUCCCCUUCGCCCCAACUGCACUAUUAGAAUUGGCGGCAGCAUCACGCAACCUCAAACGGUCACAGCUUCCCCAGAAGGAUCCUGGGGGCUGUAGUUUAUUUAGGAUGCCUGAGCCUUGCUUGAGACCCCUGUUCCCCUCGGAAAGCAUUUAUUCCUAACGUGGUUUAAACAACUCUCAGCAACCUUAACAAACUCCAGCUCCCGAGAUUCUUUUUUGGGGAAGACCCGACCGCUUCAUUCAGCAUAGCAGAGCUGUAAAUAUGUAGUGCAGAAAGGGAAUCCCUCCCUGGUCUUACAGUGGAGCCUAAUAGGGAACCUAUGGCCCUCCAGAUGUUGAUUAUUGGCAUCUUCUACCGCCUCUGAGCAUUGGUGUUGAGCCCCCAAUAGGAAAUAAUAAUUAAAACUCCUUAUCUUUUCUUUCCAACCUGCCAGUCUUCCCACAAAACUUUCAAGAUCAAGCGGUUUCUCGCUAAGAAGCAGAAGCAGAACCGGCCCAUCCCGCAAUGGAUCCGCAUGAAAACUGGCAAUAAAAUCAGGUAUGGGGAUUGCCUUCUAGGCAUGGAAACUGGGGUCCUGCUAGAGUAUUUAGCUCCCUUGGACUUUUUGUGGAUGGGAAAUAACCACUCCUGGUGGUUUAUCAUUCAUCUGCUUGGGAAAACUGCAUCAUGCUUGCCCUUCGUGGUGUAAGUGUACUCAAUGCAGAAUCCUGUCCCCUACAAACUUCUAUGCUAACUGAUUCUUUACCAUGGGCACGAUCUUUCUGAAAGUGCUGGAUGCUAUCCUUUGCCCAUAAGGAAAGCAGCCAUGAGUUUCUUUCUUGGCUGAUUGAACAGUAAAUGCCACAAUGAACUCUCUUUAGUGCUUUCCUUUUAUUGGCAACAGGACUUUCUGUUGGUUGGUUGAACUUCCAGCUUACAUCUUUUGUUCGUUUUCUAACAUUCAUAUGAACCUUUUACUGCAGUGGUCCUACCACAAAUACAUGGACAGCCUGGCCGGGGGAGGGGUCAGAAGGGGCCAGCCAAGAUACUGUGCAACCUUCGCAGAGGGAAAGGCCGGCUGCACACAGAAGCAGGGGGUUUGGGUAUCUGGGGGUUUCCUGACUUCGCAUGAUUUUGCCUUUGUACAUGGGCUCCCAGAACCAACCCCUUGUGUGACUUGCAGGCCUUCUAUAUUGAAGGUCUCUAUUGACAUACCCUAGAACCUCAGCGUUAAAGGGUCCAUUCUUACUCAGUUUUUCCCCAGAUCUUUCGUGUGUGUGUGUUUUCUUGCUACAACACUUUCUCUUCCUACUGUUUCUUUUUACGCCUCCUUUGAGCAUGAUGGGUUUUCCAUACCUACCCACUAGCUAUAAUUUGGCUGUGGUGUUGGAAUCAUUGAGCUUUGUCUCCAAUAUCAGCUGUUCAGAGGUGAGUUUUCCAGAUAAAGUGUGUUCCCAAAGCAGGCUGCAAUUACAGUGCUUCAUUCUGUGGGAGCACUGCCAUGUCCCUGCUGAGAGCAAUUCUGUUACUUAGGAAUCGAUCUCACCUGUUCUGGUGAAAUCAGACUCCCUUUUUAGCAGUGACAGGUGUACAAGGAAAGCUCCGAACAACAUGAACACUUCCAGGGAAAAUGACCAAUGGAAGCUUUUCUAGGGGAAAUGCCUCUAUGAUUGUGAAUAAAGGGCUGUGUUUUUAUUAGGCCAGAUUCUAUCAGUGAAAGAUAAUCCAGAAGUCCCAUCUUUCCAGCCCUCUCAAAAGGAAUUAAAAUCAGAAUUUAUGUUGUGCACUAAUAAGGAAUGCUUUUCCCACAAAAACAAGCCACAAAGACUUUCAGUGGCUAGAACUACUGAUUGAUAACUCCAUCAGUACAACUCUGUCCGUAGUUUGGUGCCACCGCUGCAUGGACAAAGGUAGUAGUCAGUGAUACAUAAUGUGUGCAUAUUUUUUGCCUUCUUGCCAUACCUUUUCCCAAAGCCUGUUACACACACGUGUGCCAUCCUCCAAACACACACGUAGUUUCUUUGUGGUUUGCCAGACCCCAAAAGCUGGUGUUUUAGACUCAUUUUUAUUUAUUACUGGGAACAAAGAGCUGCCCCCACAAUGUAUCCCAAGUUUAAGUUCACACCAGUUGACAUUGGUUCAGAUUUCUAAUAGAUGUCAAAAGCUUUAGUUAAAAUUCACCCACACCCAUUCUAUUAAGUAGGCUGGUACUUGAGCCUCUUCUACAGGAAGGGGAAUUGUUAGCUUAAUUAGGAUGGGAAAGGAAUGUAAUCACACAAGUAGUAUUUUUAAAUUAUUUAAAUUCUAAGUUUAGAAUUUAAACUUAUUUCCCCCAUAAUGUAAAACUAUUUUGGUUAAAAAUUAUAAUUUUGUUAGAAUAGGAAAUGCAGCAGUUCUUAGUGCAUAGGGUUUUGGGUAUGUGCAUUUGUGUUUAAGUACCUUCUGAAUUCUUGAAAUUAUCUCACAUAUAUAGUACUAUAUUAAUAUGUGCUCACGUGAGAGGGAGCAGGGGAACACAAAUGGCUCUGGGAAAGUCACACUUUCUUCUGCUGACAGCUGUGGGUCCCUUUGAAAAGUGCCAUAUGCACUUUGCAAGGGGGUGGCCAGUUCACUUGCUUACUAUUUGCUUAACACAGCCUGGGAUUUUGGUCUGCUGGAGAGACAGAGCUGUGCCUUGCUUACUAAUCAUGACCCUUUUGUUCUAGGUACAACUCCAAAAGGAGACACUGGAGGAGGACCAAGCUUGGCCUGUAAAGAGAAGCGGCUCCAAUCUUCCCGGCACAACCCUGAAUCUUCCAUCAAACUCUCAAGCGCCAGAAUGGUCUCUUCCUACCAACCUGCCACAUUGUCAGGACUGGAAUUCUGUCUUGUGCUGUGCAGUCUCCCACCUUUGUAAAAAUAUUUGUUAUUACAAAUAUUAAUGAAUUAAAAACUGAAUGAUGAAAAGCAUUGUGUUAGCG